UAAAGAGGUACCGGCUGCCCGCAUGGCGAACCAGUCGCAGUGCCUGGACGAUGCGCCCUUUCGGGGCUUCCGCACCCUGUGGGACCCCAGCCCGCCGCAGGUCUACAGCGAGGCGCAGCGCCUAGCGCUGGAGGAGCUCAUCGCCGCUGGCCGGCCGGCCUUCCACGCCUUCCUGCGCCGGGAGAAGCUGCGCGCGUUCCUCUCCGAGCCCGAGAUCCGAGCGCUGCUGCGCGCCGCCGUGCCUCCGCCGGGCGCGGACGAGAGUUCGGAUCAGUCCCCCAACUCCUCUCUGGAUUGCUCGUCUCUCACUUACUUCCCGGUGCAGUCCGACGUGGAGCCGCCUGUGCUGGAGCUGGGCUGGCCGGCCUUUGUCGGCGGCUCUUUCCGGGGGCUCACCCGGGUAGAGGCGCACUUCCAGCCCAGCUUUGGAGAGACCAUUUACCCCUGCAAGGAGGUGGUGCGCAGGCAGAUCCGGUCGGCCAGGGAGGUUAUUGCUAUAGUUAUGGACUCCUUCACAGACAUGGACAUCUUCAGUGAUCUCCGGGAAGCCUGUAGAAAGAGGCUGGUUCCUGUCUACAUCCUCCUGGAUCAGGCCUGCCUUUGUCAUUUUAUGGAGAUGUGCAAAAACCUGGAUUUUUCUCCUGAACAGGAGCCUCUGAUGAGAGUCCGAACUAUUACUGGAAACACUUAUUAUGCAAGAUCAGGAGCCAAGAUAAUUGGGAGUGUCCAUGAGAAGUUCAUGUUGGUUGAUGGUGUAAGAGUGACUACAGGCUCUUACAGCUUCACGUGGACUGAUGGGAAACUAAACAGCAGCAAUGUAUUGCUACUCUCCGGCCAAGUGGUUGAACACUUUGAUCUGGAGUUCCGCAUCUUGUACGCACGAUCGAAACCUCUUGACCCGAAGCAGCCAUCCAGCUACAGGAACAGCGAUGCCUCUGAGCACAUGAGCAGUAAAGCAACACCGUGCAAAGACUUCACUGUGCAUAACCUCCUGAGAGCGGAGUUCGCCAGGCUCUCGAGCAGCCCAAAGAAGCUUGAGAGAGAACUGGAGCUGGCGAGAGAACUCCAAAGUGGAAGGGUGACCGCGAAGCGCCCUCACCUGAGUGGCGAUGAGGAGUGGCACAAUGGCCCAGAGGUCCUAGCGAACCCUAAGGGGACAAAUAGCCAGUCAACUCAGACCGAGCCAUUGGAAGAGAAGCCCGCCACCACCCUCUUUAACUGCGCCACACAAACCAGCAUUUCAGUGGCAACAGCCACCACCCAGACCACUACUCGAUCCAGGAUGGUGGGCACUCAGACGACCGUUUUGUACAAGACCGCCACAACGCAGACCGAGCAGAGGGAGGCUGCAGAAGUGGUCCAGAAUCAAAGGGUGCCUGAUCAAAGGCUGCCUGAACAGAGAGUGGUCUUCAAAGAAGCAUCUCCUGAUCAGAGGGUGCCAUCUAAAGAAGUAUCUCCCAUUACUAGGAAGGCCACUUCAACUUCUUCCAGCGCUCGGUCGCUUUCUUCGCUUUCUUCCCAGUGCUCUCGGGCAAGCUCUACGGGCUCGCUGACAUCCCUGAGGUCCAUAGACUAUGCCGCCAACCACAGGGCCGACUAUUUCCGCAAGCUGAACAAGGAGAGGGAAUUCCACUACUCCGUCAUCCGGUCCAAGCUGAAUCACAUGGUUUCCAUGCUGUCUAGGAGGGGCAACGUGGCAGAAAACUACAUAGGCUGCCGCCCAAUGAGGUGCAACUUAAAGCCUAGGCAGCGGAUCAGCACGAGCCUCAUAAACCUCAGAGACUUUGCACUGUACUCAUCAAAUGACUGCUUCUGAGAAAUGGGAUUGUGAGAGCUGGCACACAUAAUUGCUGUACGGGACAUGCUGCUGGGUUGGUUGUUGUUGUUUUAACUUGGCUGCCCAGCCAUCUUUGUGAUACUGCAAGCCUUUCUCAGGCUUUGCCGUGCCAUGGAGAAAAAUGGUUUGGAAUGCCAAGCCAAUAUACACAUUAUAGCUAGCGGCACGAUGGUAGCUAUCACGUGGAAACUACUUCACGUUGCUCUUUGUGGCUUACUUGUAAGUGCUCCUGCCUUCACACUUGGUCAAUUCUGUUCUGCCCUUAGAAAUGUUGCUUUCUACUGCUUUUUUGGUCUAAGAAAUCAUGGGGUAACUUUUAUCAAGGGACAAAAAUAUUAGCUGUUUUGAUUGUUUAAAAAACCACAGUAGUGCCUUUUUUUUGUCCCAAUAUAGGAGCAUGUAAAAAUAUUUUAAGUGUAUGACCCUGUAGUUGAUGGCCUGAUAACCGAUGGCUAACAAAAGACAAUGUUCAGUGACUCAUAACUUUUCCAACAACUGUGGCCAUAUCUUAGGGCAAAUUUCCCAGUUGUUGUUCGUUAUUUUCAUUGUCUUCUACUUUUCUGUAUAUAACUCUUAUUUGACUCUGAAAAAUAAAACAUUUCCAAAAAAGAAAACA